AUGCUCAUAUAUAACCCCGGGCCCGAAAGGGCAGUAGAAAACGGAAAUUUGUUGGCACUGGCUUGGAAGAUGAUUCCACUGCGUUCUUCACGCGAGCCCCGGGCCUGUCUGUUGGGCCGGUUGCGCACCCCGGGCGCGCGCUCUCCCGCGCACCAGCGGUGGCGGCUGCCGUGGCGACAGGCAGCAGAAGCAGCAGCCGCAGCACCUGAGCCGCUACUGCCGCUCACUCAGGACAACGCUAUGGCUGAGCCUGGGUACAGCCACCAUCUCUCCGCCAGAGGCAGGGGAAGAACUGAGAGGCGCACACCCCGGCUGCUGCGGCUGCUGCUCUGGGCUGGGACCGCCUUCCAGGUGACCCAGGGAACGGGACAGGAGCUUCACGCCUGCAAAGAGUCUGAGUACCACUAUGAGUACACCGCGUGUGACAGCACGGGUUCCAGGUGGAGGGUCGCCGUGCCGCAUACCCCGGGCCUGUGCACCAGCCUGCCCGACCCCGUCAAGGGCACCGAGUGCUCCUUCUCUUGCAAUGCCGGGGAGUUUCUGGAUAUGAAGGACCAGUCGUGUAAGCCAUGUGCUGAGGGCCGCUACUCCCUGGGCACAGGCAUUCGGUUUGAUGAGUGGGAUGAGCUGCCCCAUGGCUUUGCCAGCCUCUCAGCCAACAUGGAGAUAGAUGACGGUGCCGCUGAGUCCACCGAGAACUGCACUUCGUCCAGAUGGGUUCCCCGGGGUGACUACAUUGCCUCCAACACAGACGAAUGCACAGCCACACUGAUGUAUGCCGUCAACCUGAAGCAGUCGGGCACCGUUAACUUCGAAUACUACUACCCGGACUCCAGCAUCAUCUUUGAGUUUUUCGUUCAGAAUGACCAGUGCCAGCCCAACGCAGAUGACUCCAGGUGGAUGAAGACCACAGAGAAAGGAUGGGAAUUCCACAGUGUGGAGCUAAAUCGAGGCAAUAAUGUCCUCUAUUGGAGAACCACAGCCUUCUCAGUAUGGUCCAAAGUGUCCAAGCCUGUGCUGGUGAGAAACAUCGCCAUAACAGGUGUGGCCUACACUUCAGAAUGCUUCCCCUGCAAACCCGGCACAUAUGCAGACAAGCAGGGCUCCUCUUUCUGCAAACUUUGCCCGGCCAACUCUUACUCAAAUAAAGGAGAAACUUCUUGCCACCAGUGUGACCCCGACAAAUACUCAGAGAAAGGAUCCUCUUCCUGUAACGUGCGCCCGGCUUGCACAGACAAAGAUUAUUUCUACACACAUACGGCCUGUGAUGCCAAUGGAGAGACACAGCUCAUGUACAAAUGGGCCAAGCCGAAGAUCUGCAGUGAGGAGCUUGAGGGGGCGGUGAAGCUGCCUGCCUCUGGCGUGAAGACCCGCUGCCCACCCUGCAACCCGGGCUUCUUCAAAACCAGCAACAGCACCUGUGAGCCCUGCCCAUAUGGUUCCUACUCCAAUGGCUCAGAUUGUACCCCCUGCCCUGCGGGAACUGAACCUGCUGUGGGAUUUGAAUACAAAUGGUGGAACAUGCUGCCCACAAACAUGGAAACGACAGUUCUCAGUGGGAUCAACUUCGAAUACAAGGGCAUGACAGGCUGGGAAGUGGCUGGCGAUCACAUUUAUACAGCUGCUGGGGCCUCAGACAACGACUUCAUGAUUCUCACUCUGGUGGUGCCAGGAUUUAGACCUCCACAGUCGUUGAUGGCAGACACAGAGAAUAAAGAGGUGGCCAGAAUCACGUUUGUCUUUGAGACCAUCUGUUCGGUGAACUGUGAGCUCUACUUCAUGGUGGGUGUGAAUUCUAGGACCAACACCCCUGUGGAGACCUGGAAAGGUUCCAAAGGCAAGCAGUCCUACACCUACAUCAUUGAGGAGAACGCCACCACGAGCUUCACCUGGGCCUUCCAGAGGACUGUUUUUCAUGAGGCAAGCAGGAAGUACACCAAUGAUGUCGCCAAGAUCUACUCCAUCAAUGUCACCAAUGUCAUGGAUGGCGUGGCCUCCUACUGCCAUCCCUGUGCCCUAGAAGCCUCUGAUGUGGGCUCCUCCUGCACCUCUUGUCCUGCUGGUUACUAUAUUGACCGAGAUUCAGGAACAUGCCACUCCUGCCCCCCUAAUACAAUUCUGAAAGCCCACCAGCCUUAUGGUGUCCAGGCCUGUGUGCCCUGUGGUCCAGGGACCAAAAGCAACAAGAUCCACUCUCUGUGCUACAAUGAUUGCACCUUCUCACGCCACACUCCGACCAGGACUUUCAACUACAACUUCUCUGCGUUGGCAAACACUGUCACUCUUGCUGGAGGGCCAAGCUUCACUUCCAAAGGGCUGAAAUACUUCCAUCACUUUACCCUCAGUCUCUGUGGAAACCAGGGUAGGAAAAUGUCUGUGUGCACCGACAACGUCACUGACCUCAGGAUUCCCGAGGGUGAGUCAGGGUUCUCCAAAUCUAUCACAGCCUACGUCUGCCAGGCAGUCAUCAUCCCCACAGAGGUGACAGGCUACAAGGCCGGGGUUUCCUCGCAGCCUGUCAGCCUUGCUGACCGACUUAUUGGGGUGACAACAGAUAUGACUCUGGAUGGAAUCACCUCCCCAGCUGAACUUUUCCACCCGGAGUCCUUGGGAAUACCGGACGUGAUCUUCUUUUAUAGGUCCAAUGAUGUGACCCAGUCCUGCAGUUCUGGGAGAUCAACCACUAUCCGUGUCAGAUGCAGUCCACGGAAAAGUAUCCCUGGAAAUUUGUUGCUGCCAGGAACGUGCUCGGAUGGGACCUGUGAUGGCUGCAACUUCCACUUCCUGUGGGAGAGCACGGCUGCUUGCCCGCUCUGCUCAGUGGCUGACUACCACGCUAUCAUCAGCAGCUGUGUAGCUGGCAUCCAGAAGACUACUUAUGUGUGGCGAGAACCCAAGCUAUGCUCUGGUGGCAUCUCUCUGCCUGAGCAGAGAGUCACCAUCUGCAAAACCAUAGAUUUCUGGCUGAAAAUGGGCAUCUCUGCAGGCACCUGUACUGCCAUCCUGCUCACCGUCUUGACCUGCUACUUUUGGAAAAAGAAUCAAAAACUAGAGUACAAGUAUUCCAAGCUGGUAAUGAAUGCUACCCUCAAGGACUGUGACCUGCCAGCAGCUGACAGCUGUGCCAUCAUGGAAGGUGAGGAUGUGGAAGACGACCUCAUCUUUACCAGCAAGAAGUCACUCUUUGGGAAGAUCAAAUCAUUUACCUCCAAGCAGCCAGCUCCUGUCACCAUCUCUCUUUCAGAGGACUCCUGAUGGAUUUGACUCAGUGCCGCUGAAGACAUCCUCAGGAGGCCCAGACAUGGACCUAUGAAUGGCAUCGCCUGCCUCGCCUGCCUCCUCACCUUGCAUAGCACCUUUGCAAGCCUGCGGCAAUUUGGGUGCCAGCAUCCUGCAACACCCACUGCUGGAAAUCUCUUCAUUGUGGCCUUAUCAGAAGAUGUUUGAAUUUCAGAUCUUUUUUUUUAUGGAGUACCCAAGUUCUCCUUUCUGCUUGCCUCAAACCUGCCAAAUAUACCCACACUUUGUUUGUAAAUAUGCCCUUGCUUUGCUUGUAUCUUGUUUCCCAAAAUGGCCCAUCCGCCAGAGCCAUAGCUUCAUCUGCUCAUAAUUCCUAUAGCUCUGGAAUGAAAAUAUUUCUGUCUUCUUAAGUAUAGAAAUUACUUCCCUGUAAUCUAACUUAAGGGCAGAAACAGCUUGGAGAUUUUUUCACAUGCCCAGAGCUCAUGAUCUCUUUAGGAGAGAAGCUGGGUUAGGAGGGUAUCCGGGUUCCCCAGUGGACAAUCUUCAUAGCAGCCUGGAUCCAUUUCUCCUGGAUCAGCUCAAAGGGAGUACAAUGGGUAGUCUGAGGACAAGGUGAGUAAGGCUUGGGGAAGAAAAGGCUUGAAAAGCACAAAGAGAGGCAGCAAGGAACCGUUUUGUUUUUGAAAUGUUCUCUCUGUCACCUAGGCUGGAGUGCAGUGGUGCAAUCACUGUUCACUGCAGCCUCAAAUCUCUUGGGCUUAAGUUAUCCUCCCACCUCAACCUCCCAAGUAGCUAGGACUACAAGUGUGCACCACCAGGCCCACUAAUUUUUAUAUUUUUUUUGUAGAGACAGGGUUUCAUCAUGUUGCCUAGGCUGGUCUCCAACUCCUGGGCUCAAGUAGUCUGUUUGCCUCAGCCUCCCAAAGCACUGGGACUGCAGGCAUAAGCCGCUGCACUCAGCCUUUUGUUUGUUUUUUAAACCAGGUAGCUCAUUCCUUGUUUUAAGUAAAUGAUAAAUAUACUCACAAAAGGCAAUGAAAAAAGUUCAUCAAGAAAAUGCCCAAAGCCUUGGUGGAAGCAUCCUCCCUAUUUAUUUUAAACCUCCCACUAUCACUCUAUGACCCUGAAAAGAAUCCAGGUCAGCCCCAAACCCAGAUGUUCCAGCCUUAUCCUCUAUUGGAUUUACCCACAGAGAUGGCAACCCCCUGUCAGUGAGGAAAAUGCCCCAUCCUUGAGUGCCUCCAUCCUCGAAGUUUAGGUCAUAUUAUGGAACAGGGGUCUCUUAUUUGAAAAGGGCACAGGGAGGCCAAGAUUUUAAUGGGGCACUUUUAGGGGAUUCAGCCCACAAUGGCAGGGGCCUGAGGUGGCCGUGAUGUCUGCUUCUAAGCUUAACCCAUCUGCUCAGGCACACAAUAAAUGUCUAGGUGGCCGAAAAUGGAACUAAAUCCCAGGCCCAUACCCCAGCAGCAGAAUCAGACCAGUCUUCAAGGAAGGAAGGCUAGGAGAGUUUAAAGAUGUUCACUGGGCCCAGCUUGGUGGCUCACACCUGGAAUCCCAAGGCAGGAUGGUCACUUGAGCUCAGGAGUUUAAGACCAGCCUGGGCAACAUAGUGAGACCCUGUCUCUAAAAAAUUAAAAAAUAAACAAGGUGUUUAUCAAGCUGGGAUACUUCUUACUUUCAAGCCCUUAUCUUUCUCUUUUUUUUCAUUCUCAUUUGCUUUUUGUGCUAAAAAACUAAAGAGACUUCUGGUUCCAUUUCUGGCAAUAUCCCUUCUGAAAGGCGAGUAGAGUGGGUGUCUUCUAUGCCCAUUUUCCCUCAAUUUCAUGCCAACUAUUAUCAAUGAACUUUUAAGUACCUAGAAUGGGUAAAACCAGAGCAAGACUUUAAAUUACCUUCUUUUUUCUUCUACUGGUAAUUCUGCCUCCAUCACUAUCAGGAUAGGGUGACCUUCCCUUGAUCAAGCCCCAGUUGUCCAUGAUUUGUGCCUGUGCCCUUUCUCCAGUGGCCAUUUGGUGACCAGAUGGUAGAUACAGAAAGGGGAUGGCAUUUGCAAGUGAUUUGUCUGCCACAAAAUGGGUUGCUCAUCUGGAUUAGCCACUGCUGCCCUGGCGAUGGCUUUCUAAGAGUCAGUGUGAGCAAGAGCCAUGCUGUGGCCUCUGGCCAUCAACAGUGUUGGUGAUGGCAGGAAGUCCCUUUGGUCUAAUAAAUCCAGUUUUUCCUUAGGUAUCCAAAUUCUCCCUCCUUCUGUAGGAGUCAGGCUCUCAGAACGUGUGUCCAUGUCGGAAUUCCCUGUGUGGAUGCAGAUAUGCAGCUCCUGAGCUCCGGCCUAAAAUCUGCUGUAGCCUCGCAAUACCUGGACAUGUCCCAUUUCACUGGAUAGCUUUCUUUUGUGACAAAGGCCACAAACAGCCCUUAGACUAUUUUGGAAACGGUAGGAAAAGGUACAUAUGCCUUUGACUUCUUUAUUCUGACUCCACUAAUUUUAGCCAUAAUACUUUAAGUAGUUCCUUUUUUUUUUUUUUUAACAGAGUUUCACUCUUGUCACCCAGGCUGUGGUGCAAUCACACAAUCUUGGCUCACCACAACCUCUACCUCCUGAGUUCAAGCGAUUCUCCUGCCUCAGCCUCCCGAGUAGUUGGGACUGCAGGUGCCUGCCACCAUGCCUGGCUAAUUUUUGUAUUUUUAGUAGAGAUGGGAUUUCACCAUGCUGGCCAGGCUAGUCUCGAACUCCUGACCUCAGGUCAUCUGCCCGCCUCAGCCUCCCAAAGUGCUGGGAUUUUGAGUGUGAGCCACCACACCUGGCAAGGAGCUCCUUUUUACUACCCCUUACUGCGCUGACUUCUGCAGGUCUGCCCCAUGACCUGUCAGGAACUCCUGACUUAUGCUACCAGGGUCACCUGUUGCUCCCCUAGCAAGUUGAACAUGUCAUAUAUUUUUAACAGCUUUAUUGAGAUCUAAUUCAGAUAUCAAACAAUUCAACUUUAAAACCUAGGAUUCAAUGGCUUUUAGCAUACUCAGAGUUGUGCACCCAUUUGAGUAAAGACAUGUUUAAUUUCCUUUUCUUUCUUUCUUUUUUUUUUUUUUGAGACAGAAUCUUGCUCUGUUGCCCAGGCUGGAGUGCAGUGGCAUGAUCUCAGCUCACUGCAGCCUCCCCAUCCUGGGUUCAAGUGAUUCUCCCUCCUCAGCCUCCCCAGUAGCUGAGAUUACAAGUGUGUGCCGCCACACCCAACUAAUUUUUGUGGUUUUAGUAGAGACAGGGUUUCACCAUGUUGGCUAUGCUGGUCUCGAACUCCUGGGCUCAAGUGAUCCACCCACCUCGGCCUCUCAAAGUGCUGGGAUUACAGGCAUGAGCCACCGCAUCUGGCCUACAUGUUCAGUUUUCCCUGAACAAAGGCAUUAGUCCUUGACCUAGGGCUGUAGUGGUCUGUCCAGGCUGUUGCUAGAGGGAGUGCAAUAAAAUGUUUAAAUCUCAUUUGGUUACUCUGAGUCCUGGAACAUGCAGUAACUCUCAUCCCAUAGUCAUCACUGUAUCUGGCUGGGAAUACAAAUGAAGAUUGUGGUGUAUUCAAGCAGCAGGGAUUUUUUUUUUUAUGCCAACAAACUUUUUUUUGUCUGACUACAUUAAAGAUAAGACUGGCUAUAUUUAUACAACAGAGACUUUGUAAUAGAUUUUUUCAGCUUUGUGAAAUUGAAUUUUUGUCUCUUCAGGACUGGUCGGAUUUCCUUUUUACUCUGUAUUCCAAGCAUUAAUAGUUUGUUAGGGGAUGGGUAUUGCAUGUCACUUUUUUUUUUUUUUUUUUUGUAAAAUAAAAACAUACCUUACAAA